AGGUAGAGCAGGUUACAAGCACAGUAGCAACAGUCACACUGAGAGAAGGAGUUGGAGGAGACACGCGUGCAGGGGUGGAGAACUACCCGGAAUGAGCAACAAGUGACCAGCAGCAGUCUCCACCAGUUGAACCAGUCUUUCCUCGUAUCAACAACGAUGAAGCUUGCGAUUGUUUUACUCGGCCUGAGUGUGGUUGUGAUGGCUAUAAUGGUUUUCCAGGCCGUGCGCCAGGAGCUAAACCUGCGUAAUUUGAAAACCCGCAUCGUGGAGAACUCGGCGGAGGUCAAGACCAAAGAGGAAGCCAUCGUCGAAGCGAAAAACAAAAUCCAGGAGCUGAAGACAAAGCUGGCAUCCGUCAACACUAAGGUGGAUGAGCUGAAGAAGACGAAGGCAGACACGGAGAAAUCAACACAGGACACUGAUAAAAGUCUACAGACCUGUAACACAGAGAAGGCGAAUGUUGAGAAGAAGAAAACGGAUAUGCUUGAGGCCAUAAUCAAACUCAAAGCUGAUCACGAUGAUGUUAAAAAGAAGGCUGGGGGCGACAUUCAGAACUUGAAACAACAGAUUUUGGAUAGAGACAAAGCUAUUUGUGCCUUUGCAGAUACAACCAAGGAAGAAGCACGGAAGCUGUGUGGAAUCUCUGAAGCUCCAAAAUAAAGUCAACUCAGAAACACUCAACAAUGACUGUGAGCUUUUAAACAAUAGAAGCAUGCCAUGCACACAUACUGAUGGGAUUGCAGCUGUGCUUGUUUAUUAUGAGAAAAUAAAAACUAUGUUUUAAGGAAAAAAAAGAAGGGGGUCUUACAUCCAUUCGACAAGUGGCACAGACCUAUGGGUGGGGAAAUGUUACAUAGUUUUAUAUCAUUUUGUAAUGGGAUUGUGUUUGCAUUUAGUUUGGCUUUUUGUCUCUGUAAAACACUUUGACUGAUACGUGUGAUUACAGCUUUCACAAAUGAUAAUAGUCAUUACCUUUUAAACAAAGUAAACUCAAAAACUUAGUUUCCCCUCGGGAUCAGUAAAGUAUUUCUGAUUCUGAAAUAGCUUCCCCUGACCGAACCAGUAAAGCUACUUUUUUAUAGCACCUGAAUCUGUGUGUGGAAGAAUGUGUGAACCAAAUUUACUAUUUUGCUGGGAGCAAUAAGCUUCAUGGAACUAUCACGUCAUGUCACAUGUCGGAGUGAAAAAGAUCAGUUGAACACUCUCAGAAUAAAUGGUAACUGACAAGCAGAUAUUGUAAUUAUUUAAGCCACAAUAAUCUAAAAUUGCCCCAUUGUUUCUGGUUUGAAAUGAAAUGCUGCCUGGCUGAUAAACUUUCUGGUGUUCUCUUGCUUUAGAGGGCUGAUUAUACUGCCGGGCUGUAACCAUCAUACUUUAAACUGAGCUGGAAAGUAAAUGUAACGUACACAAAUUUAUGACACAUGAUAUUAAUCUAUCAUCUUAUUCAUCAGAAACCAAAUAAGUUCAAUGGCAUGUUCCUCUACCUCCCCCUAGUGCAGAACCAAGGAUUAAGAAUGAAAGUCUCACUGCAUUUUUCAGUCACGAUUAAAAGCUACUUAUUAUGCAUAGUUUAUCUCCCAUUUCCUGUCCCUUCAGAUCAAUCUACUACGUUUCGGAGUCUUGCUGCCGCCAAACUGUCUCUGUUUUGAGUCUGUUGGCCUCCUCUGAUGAACAACAAACUGAGAGACAUCUAGUUGAAUCUGUCUUGAUCAAUUUAAGACCUCCUCAAAAGUCCAAUACACUGAAGUUAACUGGAAAACAAAAUGUGGCUGUGUCUUUCACAAUCAUAUUCAAUUUAAGUGAUGUUGAGUGAAAUUGUAGUGAAGUAACACUUCAGUGUUACAUGUGCACUGUGAACAAUCGGAUCUUAUAUGGAUAGGAUCACAUUUGGAGAAGUGUUCAUUAAUUGUGGCAAGACAUACGAGUAACUUAAAUGUAUCAUAAGACUGAAAAAAUGUAUAUAAAAUAAAUAAAACCAAAACAUUUAUUGUAGCUACUUCUGUAGUAGAUGCCCUAUUCAGUUAUUUUGUUGCUGCCCAUUUGUGAAACUCUCCGGCAAAACCCUUGUGUUGUUACGUCACAGUUGAUAAACAUUUUAUGAAAAUUUUGUUCUUAUGGCUACAUCUAUUGUUUAGCAUUCUGUAAAAUAACAUAGAUAUGAACACUGAGUCAUCCUUAAUAAAUAUUUUAAAUGGC